GUAAUAAGUACUGGGCGGUUCAGGGGCAGAAUAUGCUACACGGGUACCCCAAGGACAUCUAUAGCUCCUUUGGCUUUCCUAGAACUGUGAAGCAUAUUGAUGCUGCUGUUUCUGAAGAAGACACUGGAAAAACAUACUUCUUUGUUGCUAACAAAUAUUGGAGGUAUGAUGAAUAUAAACAAUCCAUGGAUGAAGGUUAUCCCAAAAUGAUAGCUCAUGACUUUCCUGGAAUUGGCCACAAAGUUGAUGCUGUUUUCAAAAAAGAUGGAUUUUUCUAUUUCUUUCAUCGAACAAGGCAAUACAAAUUUGAAGCUAAAACUAAGAGAAUUUUGACUCUCCAGAAAGCUAAUAGCUGGUUCAACUGCAGAAAAAAAUGA